AUGGAGGAGACGUACCUUCUCAACUAUCCAGGCGUCAAGAAGAAAAUCCUGGCAGGUGGGAAAGGACCUCUGCCUCAUUUCCCACCUGGGACAAAGGUGGUCUUCCAUUUCCAAACCCUGCUGGACAACUUUGAGCGAACGGUCAUUGAUGACAGCAGACUGGUCGGCAGACCGGCUGAGAUCUUUGUCGGAAAGAUGUUCAAGAUGGAAAUCUGGGAGCCCUUGUUGACGUCCAUGCGGGUCAGAGAGGUGGCAGAGUUCUGGUGUGACGCCGUUCACACAGGCUUGUAUCCCAUUGUGUCGAAGGGAAUGAGGCUGAUUGCCCAAGGGAAGGACCCCCUGGAGGGGCAGAAACACAUGUGUGGCAUGGGGAACCUGUUCCACUAUCACUCCACUGGCUUCCCGGAGCUCGACGAGAUAAUGCGAAAUCCUCAGCCACUCAUAUUCAUCAUGGAGUUGCUGCAGGUAGGAGACCCCUUGUCUUACCACAGAGAGUCGUGGAUGAUGGAGAAGGACGAGAAGCUGCAGACGGUGCCCAUUCUCCACAUGCAGGGCAACGCUCUGGUCAGGCAGAAACAAUUCAGAGAGGCUGCCAGCAAGUACAAGGAAGCCGUCCUGCUGCUAAAAACAGUGCAGUCCAGGGAGAUGCCAGGUGAUGUAGACUACAUUAACUUGGGGCGAAUGAUUGUCCCCCUGGAGCUGAACUACUGCCAGUGUAUGUUGGAGCUGGAGGAGUACUACGAAGUCAUAGAGCACACAACGGAGCUGCUGGAGAAACACAAAGGUAACAACAAAGUCUUGGAGGAAAUACUGCUGUAA